UUUCCCGACCGAGUGUUGAAGGCGCAUUCAAUUCUGUCCUGUCAUUCAAUAACUGAACAGAACAGAACUAAAAAAUCCAACUAGACCAUGGCUUCCGAAAGAUAUAGUUUCUCCCUAACAACUUUCAGUCCUUCUGGAAAACUGGUACAAAUCGAGUAUGCUUUGGCCGCAGUAGCUGCCGGUGCUGCAUCAGUCGGCAUUAAAGCUGCCAAUGGUGUCGUUCUGGCCACUGAGAAGAAGCAUCGGUCAAUCUUGUAUGAAGAACACAGUGUUCACAAGAUUGAAAUGAUUACCCCCAAGAUCGGUAUGGUCUACAGUGGAAUGGGUCCUGAUUAUCGCCUUUUAGUUCGUCAAGCAAGGAAAAUGGCUCAACAAUAUUGGGUAACUUAUCAAGAACAGAUACCAACUGCCCAGCUUGUCCAGCGUGUGGCUACCCUCAUGCAAGAGUACACACAGUCUGGAGGUGUCAGGCCAUUUGGUGUUUCACUCUUGAUGUGUGGCUGGGAUGAAGGACGUCCAUAUCUGUUUCAGUGUGAUCCAUCAGGAGCCUACUUUGCCUGGAAAGCCACUGCCAUGGGAAAGAAUUACAUCAAUGGCAAAACUUUCCUCGAAAAAAGAUACAACGAAGACCUCGAGCUCGACGAUGCUGUCCACACUGCGAUUCUUACUCUCAAAGAGGGUUUUGAAGGAGGCAUGACAGAAGAUAAUGUUGAAAUUGGUAUAUGUAACGAGCAGGGUUUCCGCCGAUUAUCUCCCGCAGAGGUUAAGGACUACUUGGCGAACAUUGCCUAAACGGCUCGAAAAUUCUUUGAUUUCAAACAAGUGUCGAAAAAUAAAUCUGAUGGUUGCUUAAA